AUUUCAAAUAUAACUUGACAUUUAAUAGUUAUUUUAAGGUACUAAAAAUAUUUUAACUAAACUUUUUAGAAUACAAUGGCAGAAGAGAAUCUAUCUUCCAAACAUAUUGAAAAUAAAGAAGGCGAAGAUAAUUCUGAUUCGGAACCGAUAUCACAUAUGAUAUUAGAUUUAGGAGACGAUUCUCCAUUUAGUUUAAGGGAAUCCAAUAGGUUAGGAAAUUCAAAAACAGGAGUCUCGGCUUCUGGCUCAAGCACUGGUGAUAGUCAUAAGAGAGAAGACAAUCCAUUUUCUUUUAAACACUUUCUUGAAAGCGUUUCAACUGAUAACUACCAAGCAAAGGGUGCCAGACCAAAGGUGUAUGAAAACCGUUCAGCAUCUUCCGACUAUAGUAAUCUCAUUCCAGAGUCCAAACCUUCUAGGUUAAUUCCAGAAUAUCCUUCAGCAUUACCUGAUUUUGUACAGGAUCAUCUAGUCAUUGAACAGUGUUACUUAAGAAAUAAUUCACCAGACAAUUAUAAUGGGGUUAUGAACAAUCUUCCUGAUUUUACACCAGGGAGAAUAAAUAGAAAUAAUGGUAUAAAAGUGGAAAGUACUUCCAAUAAACCAGUUCCAUUAGAUUUACCUAUAAGAAAUCAAGAUUUCCCUUUAGAUUUACCUUUACCCAACUCAGGCAGUUCAAGAAAUGUACCAACAGCUAGUGAGGUGGGAAAUUCAAAGAGUUUGCCUGAUUUCCUCACAGACAGUGCAGUCUGUGACACAUUAUCUGCUCCACAUAGUCCACAAGAGCAAACUGAAAGACUGAGGAAUGAAUUAGACAUUACUAAAAGACAAUUGUUAGAAAAUCAAAGAUUGUGUGAUAACUUAAGUAGAGAAUUGGAAAUUGCUAGAAAUAAGGAGCAUGAAUAUACCCAAAAUCUUGCCAGGGCCCUUGAAAAGGUGGAGGAUAAUCUAGAAAAAAGUAAUAAACGGGCUACAACUGCAGAGGCUCUAGUAUCAAAGCUAAAGCAAGAAAUAAAAUCUUUAACUAAUCAAUUAAACAUAGCGAGAGCUGAAAAUCAAAGUCUCAAAGGAGAAGAAGCUGCUGGUGGUCAUGGCUAUUACAACUCUUCUAAUCAGUUACAUUAUAUUCAGUUAGCUCAAGAAUUACGAACUGCUGCAAGUACUGCGGAACAUUCUUUGAGACAACUGCUGACUGGCGUAGAUAAUCUACGAAUUAUGGCUGCUUCUAUAGAAAAUAUGCAUCGGAUAGAGGAAACAAGAGAUCCAUUUUCAAAUUUUGAUGAAGACGCCGGUCCAGCUCUAUAAUUUUCUUUUGUAGUAGUAUUGCUAAGGAAUGUACAUAAAUGAUUUUAUUUAUUGUUACAUUUAAACUUUUUGAUACAUGUGAUCAUAUUAAUUUAUUUAACUUCUGGUAUAUAUCCAGACAAUGUAUAUAUUUUUACAUUUUUAAACUGCGCCCACUAAAGAUGUCGGUUUUUAUCAUAUUAGAUCUUUAUUUUUAAAGACGAACGCUUGUUAUAAUAAAGUUUAUAUAGUAA